UUCGUGAGCUGCAGUUUAUUUAUAUGCUGGACGGAGAUUAGCGAAAUGAAUAACUUUCACAGUGUUGCAGAGGUAAAUCAUGCGAAGACGUUUCAGUUUAAUAAUUCAGAUACGAUGCUUUUCACGAAAAUAUUUUUAGCAACACUAUCGCUUUCGGCUGCUAUUGCAUUUGAUCAAAAAUGCUUUUUCCCUGAGCCUGCAAAGGAUUUCGAUGUUUCUAAGCUGCGCGGUUAUACAUGGUACACAGGACUACAUACGAAUGAUACUGCAACGUCUGGUAUGAAAUGCGAACGAGCAAGAAAUUUUACGGAAACUUCCAACGGUUUUCAGAUUGACCUAAGAACUUUCAAAAAAAGCAACAACCACGUCGAUUGGGUUUCCCAUUUCACUUUUAUACGGCACGGGGUGUAUCGGGAGAGCAAGCUUAAAGAUGAUUCUUCGAUAACUAAUGCUUACACUGUUGACGGAGACGGAAAUUACAACACCGCUGCCGACAACAUUGUCAAGAGUGUUCUUCUGGAACGAGAUUAUGCAUUUAUUUCUGAUUAUCUUAACUACUGGAUGGUAAUUAUAUGUUCGGCAGAAGGACAAUGGGAUGUUUGGAUUUAUUUCCCAACCAAGACUCCAAAUCUUUCAAAUAUCGCAGCCGCGUUUAAUGAAGUGCAACGCAUGGGAAUAUCAACACAACUCCAUGCAUCACAGUGUGAAAAGGCAGAUUGAAUAAUAUAAAUAACCUGAUGAUGGAAGAGAAGUGGAUUUGAGUUGAUUAUUUUCGCCAGCUAACCAAAAUACUUAAUAAAUAAGAACAUCAAUAAAUCGUUAUAGCGGAGUAUGUUAAAAAUAAUUUUGGACAGGGUAA